ACCGUGUUAUUGAUAAAACAGAUUUGACCGAACCGAAGGUUCAAUGUUGUAGAUUUUACUUUUUUGUUGAAUUCGGUAAUGCUCUUUAAACCUCAGACAAACGUUUGAAGUUUAAUUAAAGUCAUUCAAUCAAUUUAAUAAUAUGUGUAUUUAGCCGACUUGAUUUCAAAAUUAUGGACUUCAUCAAAAAACUGUAUAGUGACGAGUCAUUUGUAUUUUUUGUUGACAUUGUUAAAGAAAAACCAUUUUCCUCGGUACUGACGCCCGCAACGUUAAUAAUAUUUUGCUACUAUAUUUAUAACUAUAUUAGACGAUUUUAUCCUAUCUAUGUAAAUUGCUGGUUUUGCAAUUCCAACUUCAGCGUACCUUACAAAGAGAGAUCCGAGUAUACUUGUCCACAUUGUGGGCAAUUCAAUGGGUUUAAAGAAGAUGGAAGCUACAGUAAACCGAUUCCCGAGCAACACGAUGUGUCGCGUAACACUAGGAAUUUUGUUUUAUCCCAAGAUGACGUCAAAGGAAGUAAAAAUGGGCUAUGCCAUAAAUGCAAUAUCAUUCAAGAGAUAAAAAUAAAACAACUUGCUUCGUUUACGCCGACCAACGAGAAGUACUUUGACAGGGAAAUAGAAGCGUUCAAAAACAAUUUGGAAAAAUCCCUAAAACUGUGUCACAAGUGUGAGGUGUAUACCAAAAAAAUUUUACACUUCCAAGAAAUACGCUACAAUUUAAAAGCUGCGUCGAAGAAUUCAGAAACUCAAAACGAAAACUCUCCCAAUUGGCCGCUGAUAUGUUCAGUGUGUUUAUCGUUUAUUAUUACAUUAUUGUUGCUCCAUAUUGGUAACUAUGUUGGAGUUUGGGCCAUGAAAUAUUUUGAAGUACCGACAAUUUACAUUGAUUUUAUAACGGUCGAUCGACUGGUGAAUGCAAUGAGCGUAUUUGGCACGUUAAUUCUAAUUUAUCAAAGCAUAACAACGAUGUCGCUGUUAAGCGCAGCUAUCAUGUUGUGCUGGUCUACAUUAGUCGUCGUCAAUGGCUUUCAACUUCUAGAUCGUUUUAAAGCGAGGCUCUUACUAUCCACAUUGAAUAUACUUCUAUCUGUUUACGCUAUGAUAAUAAAAUCGAUGAACAAAUCAAACAAUCAUUCGUCAAGACUACAAUCGUAUAACGAUAAUCGCCUAAGUGCUACGCCAUCAUUUGAUAUGAGUACUAAUGGAUCGUUUAAAAACAGUGACGACUCCGAGAUGAUGGAAGUCGAUUAUGUCGAUGUUACCCCAACCGUAAAAACUUCGGUCAACAAGCACGUGAACAAUUUGUUUCGAGGCAUGAAGCUCAACGAUCGUGGCCACCACUGCGACAACGACGUGAUAAAACCACCUAAGUUGUUUGCACCACCGGCCAAACAAGACAAGUACUCCGGAUACCCGACGUCGUCACCUGGACAGUAUUCUACGUACUCGACUAGGGGUGACUUUGAUUUCGAUACCAGGAGCAUGGUCUCGCAACACAGUUAUCACCCUGCAUACUCGCCGUGUUACCAUCAGGCCGUCGUUGCCCCAUACAACUGUUACACCCCCGUCCAGCACAGUUUUUUGAACACGUCACAGUCGUCAAACACCUCGAACGUGCAAAACGGUUCUGAAUGGCUGAAAAUGCUCAUGUAUUCCGUUCCUGGUAUCAUACUGCUCGCGUUGCAUUGUUACUUGCUGUACGACAUUAAAGACUUUUUGAAACAAAAGUGAGAUUAGAAUAGUUAAAAUAUAAUUUAAUUUGUAUAGAACUUAAAAAGAAAUGUUGUUAAAAAAAGCGACCGUCGACUCUAACAGUCAAAUACUAGUGUAGAUAUUAUACUGUAAUUAUUGUUUAGGAAUUCUUAAUGUAAGACUUUUUUUUUUUUAAUAUUAUUAAUUGUAUACUAUUUGUAAACCUAAGUUUAAGACUGCAUUAUCAUGUGCUUUUUAUGUAUGUGUAUAAAAUAAUAUUUUCGGUAAACCAUUAUAAUAAAACUUAAACAGAAGAGCAAUUUUUUUUCAAUUAAACAAAUUUAAAAAACAUUUGUUUACUUUUAUGUUUUAUAAGCGCGAAAUCAACCAAAAUGAUCUUAUUUCAU